AUGACGCGAAAGAUCCCGUGGCGGGACGGCGCGACCGUCAAAGCUUCAUCCCGCGCAAACUCCACUAUGCCCAGCUCAACACUUACACCACCUCGAAGACCAACAGCUGAAGCCAAAGGAUCUGGCGAAGAAGAUGUCAAGGCCACGGUCGCGUCGCUAGUGAAUCGACGGGUCAAGAGACUAAGCCUGAAACGGUCGAGGUCAAGUUCACCACCGCCUGAGCCAUUGGAAGAGUCCUUCAUGAGAGAAGGACUUGAUGGCGAUGACAUGUAUCGCAUGGUGGAGGAUGAGUUCUACUACACUGCUCAGAGGUUCACCGCGCAUCUUCACGCCGCCGAGUACCAGAAACUGAAAGACAAGGCCAAGUCACAUAAUGCAGCGACUAUCAGAGACAUUACGCGUCCGGUUGUCGGACAAGUGAGCGACCUAGUUCAAAAGAAGCUCGACAGGGCUGCACGCUUGAAGCAACAAAAGCUGGUCAAGAGGGUGACGGCCGACGAUGAAGACACCGAGGAAGAUGACACCUAUCACAAGGGCACCUCCCUAUUUGGGUUGAUGCAGAGCCCGAGAAAGAAAAUACCUCGACUAGAUCACUUUGAUCCGUCGACAUCGACGUCGGGACGAAAUCUAGCAACUUCAAGCCUAAGUAAGCAUACGUCGACUCGCGCAUCUCAUGUACGGCCUCCUCCACUGCCCAAUCGUGCUCCAGGUCAGAGUGAUAGGCAGCCGUCACGUUAUAAGGCUAUUGUGCAACUCGAUGCAGAAGAUGAAGACGAGAACUUGGAUCUGGAUACCCCACCUCGCAGCAAGCCCUUUGUGGCUUCGAACAGGCCGCCGACCGCGUCAAUACCUAGGACAACGGCCGAUAUGGAUGACAGGCGCAAAACUCUUGCGACGGGCCCGCAUAAGCCAGCUGUACUACCGCCACGGCGUAAAUCGCCGAAGCCAAGCUCUUCAGGGCCCGACGCCCAUGAUGCGGCACAGUCCACAGAUGACGAAUCUGACGGCGCUUUGUUCGGCUUCCAAAAGCGGGCCCGAGAAAGGAGCCUUGCAAGGACCAAAGGAUACGCCCAAACAAGCAAGAAGGACGAUUCUGGGGCUAGUAAAGACUUCAUUCCUGGUUUCAUUUGA